AUGUUGGGCCUUUGCAAAGCCCAACCGCAUUAUCCCUUAGAUUCCGUUGACAUACUUGCAAUUGAUAGCCUCCCGUACCUCAGAGCGUGGCUAGAGAAAAAUCCACAAGCUGGCUGCACACUCGAGAAAGCUGUCAAGCGGAAGGAAUGGAGUGACUUGAGCAUUGACCAGCGGAAUGAGUAUAUCGAUGCUGUUGUGUGCCUCCAGGGUCAGCCUGCUUUGAUGAGCAGCCAGGCCCCUGGGGCAAAGAGCCGUUACGAUGACUAUGUCGCGGUCCACAUCCAACAAACUCCGAGGAACCACAUGUCGACGUUCUUCCUCCCGUGGCACCGAUAUUUUGUUUGGCACUACGAGCAUGCGUUGAGGACGGAGUGCAACUACACUGGAUAUCAACCUUAUUGGAACUGGGACCGUUAUGCAAAAGACCCGGUCAACUCCCCGCUCUUCGACGGCAGCGAAGGUAGUAUGGGUAGUAAUGGCGUCUUCGAACCACAUGAUGGCGUCCAGAUCCCAGGUUAUCCCAUGCCUCCAGGCGACGGUGGCGGCUGCGUCACUAACGGGCCGUUCAAAGAUAUGGUCGUCAACCUCGGCCCGGUCGCACCCAGUCUCAAGGUCCAACCUAACCCGCAAUCCGAUGGACUCGGCUACAACCCACGCUGCUUGCGCCGCGACAUCAACAAAUACGCCGCUGCCGUGACCACAGCCAAUUACACCUAUGAUCUGAUCACAAACAACCAUCAGAUCUACUGGUUCCAAACCGUCAUGGAAGGUCAACCCCAGCUAAAGAAAUGGGGCGUGCACACCGGCGGCCAUUAUACGGUCUCUGGCGAUCCGGCCGGAGAUUUUUACGUCAGUCCAGGAGACCCCAUGUUUUGGCUACAUCACGCCAUGAUUGAUCGUGUGUGGUGGAUCUGGCAGAUGCAAGACUUGGAAACGCGGCUGGCGCAGGUGAGCAUGACGAAAACAAUGAUGAACAUUCCGCCGAGUGAGAAUGGGACGCUGGAUGACUUGAGUGGGUUGGGGUUGUUGGCGGAGGAUGUGAAGGUCAGGGAGUUAAUGAGUACAAUGGGGGGUUUAGGAGGGAAGUUUUGUUAUUUGUACGAGUAG